AUCAGAGCUCUGACCAUUUUCACCUUGAGGGAGUAAAACUGUCUCAGUCUCAGUUAUCGAGAGGAGAAAUGGCGCAGAAAGGAGAUCAGCUGGACCAGGAAACCUUUUCUUGUUCGAUCUGUUUGGAGGUUUUAAAGGAUCCGGUGACUAUUCCCUGUGGACACAGUUACUGUAUGAACUGUAUUAACAACUAUUGGUAUGGACAGAAGCAGAAGAAACUCGCCAGCUGUCCUCAGUGUAGACAGACUUUCAAAAAGAAACUUAAGCUGGUGAAAAACACCAUGUUAGCAGCUUUAGUGGAGCAGCUGAAGAAAACUGGACUCCAAGCUGCUCCUAAACACCUGCAGGAUAACAUCUGCCCCCGUCACGGUGAGGUGAUGAACAUGUUCUGUCGUACUGAUCAGAAGUCUAUCUGUUAUCUCUGCUCUGUGGAUGAACAUAAAGGCCACGACAUAGUCUCAGUUGCAGCAGAAAGGACGGAGAGGCAGAGAGAGAUGGAGGUGAGUCGACAACAAAUCCAGCAGGAGAUCCAGGACAGAGAGAAAGAUGUGAAGCUGCUUCAGCAGGAGGUGGAGGCCAUCAAUCAGUCUGCUGAUGAAACAGUGGAGGACAGUGAGGAGAUCUUCACUGAGCUGAUCUCUCUCCUCCAGAAAAGAAGCUCUGAUGUGAAGCAGCAGAUCAGAUCCCAGCAGGAAACUGAAGUGAGGAGAGUCAGAGAGCUUGAGGAGAAGCUGCAGCAGGAGAUCACUGACCUGAAGAGGAGAGACGCUGAGAUGAAGCAGCUCUCAGACACCGAGGACCACAACCAGUUUCUCCACAACUACCCCUCACUGUCACCACUCAGUGAGUCCACACACUCCUCCAGCAUCAGCAUCCGUCCUCUCAGGUACUUUGAGGAUGUGACAGCAGCUGUGUCAGAGGUCAGAGGUCAACUACAGGACAUCCUGAGAGACAUGUGGACAAACAUCUCACUGACCAUCACUGGUGUGGAUGUUUUACUGCCCAAAGACCCAAAGAGUAGAGCUGGAUUCUUGAAAUAUUCAUGUGAAAUCACUCUGGAUCAAAACACAGUACACAAACAGCUGUUACUGUCAGAGGAGAACAGAAAGGUGACUUAUAUGGACAAAGAUCAGUCUUAUUCUGAUCAUCCAGACAGAUUCAUUAACUGGUCUCAGGUCCUGAGUAAAGAGAGUCUGACUGGACGUCACUACUGGGAGGUGGAGAAUAAAGCAGGUGUACUUUUUGUAGCAGUUUCAUACAAGAAUAUCAGCAGAUCAGGGUAUGAAACUGGAUUUGGAUUAAAUGACAAAUCUUGGUCACUAUGGUGUUACUCAGACGGAUAUGUAUUUUGGUACAACAGCAUCCAUACCUCCAUCUCAGGUCCUCUGAGCUCCAGAAUAGGAGUUUACCUGGAUCACAGAGCAGGAGUUCUGUCCUUCUACAGCGUCUCUGAAACCAUGACCCUCCUCCACAGAGUCCAGACCUCCUUCACUCAGCCGCUCCACGCUGGAGUUCGGGUUCACUCCAGUUCUGGAAACUCAGCUGAGUUCUAUCAACCGGAAAAACCUGCUGAUGACGAGCGUUGGGCUGGAGCUUCUGCGUUUACGUUGGGACUCCUGGAGGUGGCGGCUCGUCUCCGGGACGCCGGCCCCGCCCUCCACGGGGUUGCCAUGGUAGCACGCAGGGGGGCGGAGCUCCGACAGCAGGGGGCGGGGCUCCGACAGCAGGGGGCGGAGCUCAGACAGCAGGGGGCGGAGCUCCGACAGCAGGGGGCGGAGCUCCGCACGACUCCGCCGCCGUGA